CUUGGCCACGUCAAUGAAUUUAUCAAUGAAGCGAUAAUACAACUGAUGGACUUCUAACAAUGACAAGAUGGAUGGAAACACAACUCCCAUACAUGUUUUUCCAGUAUUAUGUGACGUGUGCAGGAGAAACGAAAAGAACGUUAAAGCCGAUGGGUACUGUGAGACCUGCAGGGAAUGUAUGUGCAUGUCUUGCAUCGAAACUCACGAGAAUCAAUCAGACACUAAACACCACCAUGUGACGAGGACCGGCGAGAAACAACCGGACACCAACAAUCACCAGGUGGCUAAGACUAGCGAGAAACAAUCGGACAUCCAAAAUUACCAGAUGGCUAAGACAAGCAAGAAACAACCGGACACCAAACACCACCAUGCUACCAGAAUCAGCGAGGACACACAUGAAUAUUCAGAACUAUCAGUUGACAUGGAAGACACUCGUGCUUUUGAUAUGUGUGACGAGCAUGCAAACGAACCCAUUAAGUUUUUCUGUCUCUCGCAUGAUUUUCUUGGCUGUGGCGAAUGUGUUGUUGAAAAACAUAGGACGUGUAAAGUGGAACACAUCUCAGAUCUUGCAAGGAAAUAUAAGAAUGGCAAAAGCUUUAGGGAUUUGAUUUCAUCGUUAGAUAAACUAGAGAAGGACGUAGAGAAAAAUACAGCAUCUGUAUCAAAGUCAUAUAAUGUCCUAGAUUUUAACAUAAGAACUGAAGUACAGAAAAUUGAGCAGUUUAGACUUGAAAUUAACAAUUACCUAGAUCAGCGCCAAGAAGUGUUACUAGGACAACUACGCGAAUCUGAACUACGACACAAAGAGCUUUUGGAAGAGUUAAGGGAACGAUGUGAACAAAUACAGACUUCUGUCAGAGAUAUAAAGGCUAAACUGAACAUUGUAGGAUCAGACACACACCUUCAUUUCAUCGUGUCCAAACUUGCUGAAAUGAAACUUAAACAUCUCCUAGUUCAAAAAGAAAAAGUUGCUAGAAUAAAAGACGCGCCAAAAUUCACCUUUACGGUUGACAAGGAGACAGAAAAAGUGAUAACAUCUGACACACUUAUCGGAGUGUUGGAAUUUGAACAACUUACAACGCAGGAGUACCUCACUGAAGGUAUGACCGUAAAAAAGGCUCUUACGACGUUGAGGUUCGCCAAAGAGCCGGGACUGAGUUGCAAAUCCCCUGAGGACAACGGCUUCUGCUACAUCACCGGCCUGACCUUGACCAGCCGCGGUCAUCUCCUGCUAGCAGACUUCCAGACCGGUCACAAGAGUGUCAAACUGGUCAAUACCUCGACAAAUACCAUCGAGUCUCGACUAGUCCUCACAGGCUGCCCGUAUGAGAUAAAAUCGAUGCCAAACGACCAAGCUGUUGUGACAAUUCCGCACCAAGGGUUGUUGCAGUUUUUGGACGUCCGAGGAAACCGAAUACUUAAAGGAAGAGCGAUAAAGGUAGAUGGAAAAUGCUAUGGCGUAGCGCAUUAUAGAAACAAGUUGAUUGUAUCGUCACAUUGCCCAUCUAAGGUUGAGAUUUUAACGUUGCGAGGCCAGGUUAUCAGUCGUGUGGAAUAUAGCGGCAACGGUUUACCAAUGUUCAAAUAUCCUAACCACAUCGCCGUCGGGUUUGACGGAGAAACUGACGUUAUUUACGUCACCGAUCGAGGUCAAGAAACCGUCACGAAGUUGGAUACGAGUGGUCGAAUUAUUUCCGUCUCAAGGGAUAAGGGCAUAUCUCUUCCUUACGGAAUAACAGCAAUCGGACAAGGGGCGUUCUUUUGUUCAUAUGGAAACAAUGGUAUCCAAGCAUGCGACAACACACGUGGACAAGGUACCAAAGACGAAACAGUUGCUAUGACAACCAUUUUGAAGACAAAAGACGGUAUUAGACAUCCGAUGUGUCUUUGUUUCGACGAGGAACGUGAAAUGAUUUACAUCAGUAGUUACCAUGGGAAAAGAUCUGCUAAUAUGAACAACGAAUUGCAAGUGUUCAAGAUAAUAUAACUUGAAAAUAAAAAACGUAUCAUGUUAUAUGGAUGGC